CCCCUUUAUUUUGGGACGAUCCGUAUAAAAUCCACGGUACCCUCUGGGAAGUCGCGGCUUUCUCAGAUCUUCGGGGAUCGCCUCGCCCUCGAGCUGUAGUGCAGCUUCUGCUCCUGCAGCUCUCUCUGUCUCUCUCUCGCGGUUCGUUCCUCCACCUAGAACUCUCUCUCUCUCUGUGCCAAACCGAUCACCAUGUCGAAAAAGAAGGCCUUCAGCGGCUCCACCAUGACCCUCAAGGACUUCCAUGGCGGUUCCAUCCCCUCGGAUCUUCAUCUCCCUUCCGCCCCAGGCGUUGUUGUAAGAUCUGGGGAUCGCUCCACCAUGGACCGUCAAAUUCCUGCAAGACUGGACCACCGGACACGCCCCGGAUCAUCAGGCACAACUCCACGUUCCGCACUCAACGAGAAAUCGAAUUUCUUCUCGAACCCUAUUCGAAUUGGCCGCAAUUUUGAUGAAGACGAGCGCAAACCUCUUGACGCACCUCCCUGUCGCCCUGGCUCUGCUGGUGAUCUACUGGCUGAUGACCGCCGCCACAAGCUCAACUUGGAUCUCACAGUCAGCACUAAGCCAUUCACAUCCCCAAAGUCCUCUUCAUUGAGCGAUCACCCAUCGCCAGGGUUGGGAUUUAAUGGAAAGUCCUCAUUUUUGAGCGAUCAGAGCUCUACUUUAGGGUUAGGGUUUACUGGGUCCCCUAAGGAUCAGGCAAAAGUUCGGGCUUCAGGCCCACCUAAUGCUUGGACUAAUCGUAAAGAAGGAGCUGAGGUUUCUCAAGCUUCCUUGAAUAUGGGGCCUUCACGCCUGGUUAAUGCUAGUGCUCUGGAUAAGGUCUCAUCGGGUAGAUGGCAGUCAAGGCUCGUGCAAUCUCAGCCAUUGGGUUACUCGGCCGGAGGGACUGAUGUGCUCCAAUAUUCUGAGAAAGAGAAUGAGAGCUAUGGUAAUCACGGGUCUUACAGUGAAGAGAGCAGGUACGGUGAUGAGUUUGGUUUUAGGGAGAAAGGGAAUCAAUCUCAGGCAGUUCAUUACUCGGAUUGUGGGAAUGAAAGGGAUGUCGGUGAUUUGGAGGGUCACCGAUCCGACAGUUCUGGUUUCAAGUGGGAUAACGAAGGUGGAGCUAUGGGUGGAGAAGGGAGGAGAGGCUAUUCUCAAAAUUCUGAUGAUGGGGUUUGGCCGAAUGGGAAGGAAGUGCAUGAACAGCCAAAAUCGAAGGAAGUGCAUGAACAUCCAAGAUCACAAUCAUAUUACGAUUCAAAGGAGAGGGGAAGAGGAACCCACAAUUUUGACCAUGGGUUUCAAUCUGGUUCGUGGGUUUACUCUGAUGGGCCCGCGGGGCCUGGUUUGAGAGAAGAAAAUAAAAGUGGGUUUCAAUCCAGUUUGGUUUCUGAAGUUUCAGAGAGGCCCAAGUUGAAGCUUCUUCCAAGAACUAAGCCACUCGAACCUUUGGAGACUCAAGUUCAAGAUUGCAAACAGGGGUAUCAGCAGAGUACCACUGAUUAUGGACAAUCAGAGGUGGAUGGUGAGGGUUACGUGAAUACUCCUCAGAAAACACUAGGGUCAGCUGGGGUUGAGGGAAGUAAUACAAAUAGUGAGCGCCCCAAGUUGAAUUUGAAGCCACGCUCUCAGCCUCUUGAGAAAGCAGAUGAAAAUGUUGAAAGAGAAAGGAAAUCAUUAUUCGGUGGUGCACGCCCACGAGAACUGGUCUUAAAGGAGCGUGGUGUUGAUGAUGUUGUGCUCCAUUACCAUGAUUCAGUCGAACCAUCCAGCAGGACUACGAACAAAGCAGCAGCAGACCCUCCUCUAAAACUAGACAUAAAGGCUGCUGCUGUUGAUCUGCCCACAACCCAAGCCUACACUGUCCGCCACCCUGAACAAUUUGCCGAAAAGCGGCAUGGAAACCGCCCCGACUUCCCAUCCAAUCGGCAUGACCAAGAAGCUGACAAAACUGACAGUCAUAGGAGCAACAACUCUCAUAGAACUGACAACUGGCGUAAUGAGAGGCAGCACCAGCAACAACAAUAUGAGCGCAGGCAGCAGCAGCAGCAGACUGAGACGCGGCGCAAGCCUGUGGCGGUUGAGCCGAGCACGGUUGAGCGGUCGGGGAGGUUUGGGCAUGGGAAGGUGGCAUCAGCCCUUGAGCUUGCUCAGGCUUUCUCGAGCUCUACAAACCUCUCAGAUGGCCCCACUGCAGCCCACCAGAGGGGCCGGUCCAUGAGUGUUGGGCCUGGCCGCGGCCCGGUGGUCCCCUUCUCGAGGCUCACAGACACGCACACAUUGUACUCUGGUGGGCCCCAGCACCAAAUUAAUGGCUACUGAGGAGGGUGUCAAGCUGUUUCGUGGCUGUUGGAGCUGAAGAAUAUGUCCUCUGCUCAGAAUCGUUGUUGAUCAGUUUAGUUUAAUGUUUUUCAUCGUUUCAUUGUUGGCCAUUGGCUGCUUGUGCCAUGAGGAGACGAAAUCAAGGGGUACAAUCCUAGCGCAUGAAAAAUUUGUACACCACAUGAGGAGAGAGUUCGAUAACAAAUGAUAAUGUAACCUACUUGAGUGAAGAUAGAUGCCGAUUCUUGAUUUUGAAUAUGCAUUUGGUGAGGUUUUUCCUUGUGGGGUGAUUACUGUUGUUUAUGAAUACACGAUCUUCAGAAUGGCCUGGCCGCGCCUGGCCUUGUUGGGGCGAUAUGCACCUGUUUCUAAUGAAAGCAUAUCGUGCUUUAGACCUGAUUUAAAAUAUCUCUGUAUUUCCAUUUCA